CAUUCUUUCGUAUUGUCUAUUCUGUCAGCAUCUUGCUUGUCAGUCUUCUGCAAAGUAUACGUACUUGUUUGGUGUUUUGACUUUGUCGUAUCAAGCGAGUGCAAAAUUAUAUUAAAAUUAGUCCUCUGUAAAGCUUGGUGCAGGAUUGUGAUUUAUUCCUUUUCGCUUAAACUUUAUUUAUAGCUAAGAUAUUUGGGUAUUGCUAUUUAAUCUUGUCUUGUGUAAUAGCAAUAAGCAAUUCGAUGAUACCCAAAUAGAACGUGACAUGUUUUUGGAUAGUGGCUUUGUCGAUAUUUAGAUUGAUCACGGUCUCAGUAGUAGUAUUCAUUAUGUUUUGUAGGCUCUAUUGAGCAUAAAACAUUAAACACCUAGUUACAAUGCCUCUGCACCAAAUCAAUGUGAAGAAUUCAUCAGACAUCGAAAGUUGGGAAUGGGGCGGUGGAUGUGGCAGAGAGACGAUGAGGGCUGGUUCAGAUAGCAGUCGCACGUCCUGCAGUAAUUCUAGCGGUGAUAUAUGCCGUAUUUGCCACUGUGAAAGUGAAACUCAUAAUCCUCUUCUUGCGCCAUGCUAUUGCUCAGGAAGUCUCAAGUACGUCCACCAAAGUUGUCUGCAGCAGUGGUUGACAGCAUCAGAAACUAGGUCAUGUGAACUCUGCAAGUUCAAUUUCAUUAUGCACACCAAAAUUAAGCCAUUUAAUGAGUGGCGUCUACUUGAGAUGUCUGGCGUGGAGAGGCGUCGGUUGUGCUGCGCAGUGCUGUUCCAUUGCGUGGCCGCUCUGUGCGUCAUGUGGUCACUCUUCGUACUCAUUGAGCGAGCCGUUGAAGAGGUCAACAGAGGACUUAUCGCAUGGCCGUUCUGGACCAAACUGGUGGUCGUCGCCGUGGGCUUCACCGGAGGCGCCGUGUUCAUGUACAUCCAGUGUCGGCAAUACCUGCAUUUGUGUAAUCGCUGGAGAGCACAUAACAGAAUACUACUGAUUCAAAAUGCCCCCGAGAAACUCCCGAUUAGCAGCGGUUCGCCGCCGGCGGUGCACAAGAAACGACGCGAGAGAAGUGCGCGCGGGCAAGUGGUAGCCAACAUUGAGCCCCCGCCGCCCCCAGCCACUUACCACGAAGAAGACGAGAGCGGAGGCUUUGAGACUUACCGCGGGAACCCGCACAGAAGACUGUCGGCCGUGGCGGAUGACUGUCUGCGCGUGGAGAGCGACACGAGACGAUACUCCGACACCAAGCUCGUACAACCGCCUACAGUUGAGGCCGUUCAACAGCAGCUGUCGCAGCAGCCGGAGGGCGUGUACCACAUCAGCGUGGACCCGCUGGAGGCCGACAUCCGCUCGCUGCUGGAGCUGGAGGCGCGGCGCGGCGCGCGCUCGCUGCCCAACCUGCGCGCCAGCCGCGAGUCGCUGCUGCCGCCGCGCUCCUGAGGCCCGCCGCCCGCCGCGCUGCUGCUCUACCUCGACGACACGCUCUACUAGCGGCGGUCACUCCGACGGUAACACAAGCUCUAUAAACCAUAUACACUCUAAAAGUGAGGCGCGCUUUAUUAGCGAUACUCGCUCUAAGGGAACGGCGCGCUCUACGAAUGAUACUCGCUCUAUGGGUAUUGCGGGCUCUUCUAGUGAUAUUCUAUAAUAUGCGCAAGUAUGAUGCGUUUCAAUAGCAAUUACUAGCGCGGAUAUGGCAAGCUGUUAUUAGUAAUACCAUGUUUGCUUAUUCGCUCUUACAGACAAGCAUGGCGUGCUCUAACUUGCUCAAGUAAAUGUCAUGCUAUGCUAUUGACAUUCUAAUCUGCGCCAGAACAUCAACACUAAAUUCAUAACUUUAAUAGCAUUCUUUCUUGCGCAAAGAAACGCCCGUACUUAUAGUUAGGCCCUUAUACGUUAUGCCUAUUACGAUAAAGGAACACACAGAAUUUGCUUAUCUGGAUCUUCGUUCAGUUAAGAAACGUUCUAUACAUUUUGUAUGCCGUUAACUGUACAAAAUGGCGGUUCGAUAUUUUGGGAUGGAAACGAAGUGUUCCGAAUAACCGUAAUAUGCAUAAAUCUGGCACUAAACAUUGGAAAUGAUGUUUUAUCUAUAUUAUACUGAAUAAAUUAGAUUUUUAUUUACCUUAACAAAAUAUAUCACACUCCCAACGAUAAAGUGUGGCACUUAGUUUUUAAAGAUAUUGUUAUUAUUUAUUUUUUAUUUUAUUCCUAUAGCAAUAUUAUCUGUACUAUCGAUAGCCUAUCGAUAGUGGACUGUCGAUCGGCAACAUUAAAUCGACAAAUUGUGAAUCUUAUGACCUAUAAAUAUAGUUUAUAUACUAUAGCUCGUAGUUUGAUGUCGUGUCGUCUGACAUGUGAGCGUGUCAUUUCCAUUUUUCAAGGUUACUUCCCAUAAUAAGAUAGAACGUCAUUUCCAUGUCGUACCAUUGAAUUAUAGAAAGAAAUAUAUAAUUGUGUCGCUAAAGUCGAUUCCGCCCUUCGCUCAUAAACUCGUCAUACGGUAGAUCUCAAGAUAAAAUAAAGCGAAUUCAAAAAAUUUCAUUGAUAAGAAAUUAUAGUUAGACCAUAUAUUUGUAUGUAUUGUAAUUUUAAAUCGACUUUCAAAACGUAUAAAUCGUUUAGUGAAAUAUUUGAUUAGUAUCGAAAGGAAGAUUCAAAUCGUAAAGAUUAUUGUUUUAUAAUUGAUAUUUCACAAGUUUUUAAGCCGAUUUUAACGUUCGCCGGUAUACUUGAACUGUGUAUUCGCGAUCAAGCCUUGUAAAUAUUAGUGUGAGCUCUGUACAUAGUUAACAUACUCUUAAAUUUAUCAAAUUAAAUUUAACAAAAAUAUGUUAAGGUUCGAAUCUGAGUAAAACGUCGCAGUUUCUAUAUAAUCAAUAGCUCAAAAUGAAUCUUUUUCAAAUGAUCAUUGAAUAGUUUAAUGAAAUGUCAAAGUACGAUAACUUAAUCACCAAAUGUUUGUAACACUCCUUUUUUGUAAUAAUUACAGAAACGUUCUUUUUCUAAAUGUUUAACUAAAAUUCACAAAUCUAAACCUUUAUGGCCGACAAUUUUUUUGUUUCAAAGUUGUGACGUUAAGUCAGAUACGACUAUAUUUCUUAAUCAUGCCGUCAUUACCUAUUAAAAUAUUAUCCUAUAGUCUAUUUUUUAACAAACAAGUCAUUCUUGCGGUCUCACACCAUAAGUGCAACACGAGGCUUAGAUGAAAGUGUCAAUUUAUUCUAGUAAUAAAUGUUGAAUUAAACUAGCAUAAAAUCAGGUCUUACAGUACUGUACUUGUACGCUAAAAUUUUUUAUUUGAUCUCUCAUUUGAAAAAUGAACUACAAGGAGUUACAUUUUAUGAUGUCUAAGGUCAUAUUUUUUUUCUUUACAAAUACUAUUUUUAUAGCCUAAUGAACUAUUGCAUAUUCCUGUUUCUCGUUUUUACCUUCCUUUCUACAUAUUUCAGAUAUUUUUAUUGUUUUAUGUGUGAGACUAAUGCAUUAAUACAAUAUGUAAGAUUAUCUCGAUGGAUUUAGAGAAAAAAUAAAAAAAUUGUAUAUUUAUAUUUCAUAAAAAUAAAUCACGUUUUAUGUUGUUGACAAUUCUUUACGUUUCGCUACUCUAGAUGUGCUCUCUUAUAAUUAUGUUUCUACCCAUCACAAGUCACACCACACAGCUUAGAAUUAUUUUAAUUUUUGUUUAUUCUCCCAAUAUAGUCUGUCUCAAUUCACAUUUUUUAAGAAUUUUCCUCCUCGAUAGUAGAUGUUAAGGUCACAGAAUAUCCCUUACUAAUAAAAAUAUACAAAAUGACAAUACUGUAAAAAACUAAUAACUAUGUUGUUUGUAAUCUUGCUUAUCACGUAUUUUUAUUGUGUUGUUGAAAAAAAAAAACCUGGUGCAUUUAGCAAGCAUUUAGUCAUCUUCUGUUUUUAUUUCUAUUUCUUAACAGUUAUAUAUUUUAAAAUCAAAUAGUAACAGAAUGUUUUGAAAAAAUAAUAACAUUUCCUUUAAGAUAUUGUAGGUGGUUUACGAUGUACCUUAAGUUGUAGCACGCACGGCAGGUGCCAUAAUUAUUGCAAAGUUUUUUGAGCUCUAUGAAAAAGACAUUUAUUCAUUAAACAGCUCAUCGGUAACGCUAAAUUCAGUUUUUUUUUUAUAUAAACUACUCUUUUUUGACAAUGGAUUUUUUAUUUGUCAUUUAAUUUUGUUUAUCCAUCUAUACAUAGAUGAACUCGAUGUAUUUGUAAUUAGAUAUAAAGCCCUGUUGGCUCAUUCAGCCCCAAUCUUUAAGCCAUGACAUUUCUGAUUCUUAUAAACUCCAUCACUUGAAAUAUCACAAUGAUUUUAAAAUGUAUUCUUAUAUUAUUAUUAAGUUAGCGACUGAAUAUUUUGGGUGAUGUACAUAAUUUUAUGUAUAUACUAGACUUUAUUUUCAUUUCUUUUAUAAUAAAGAAUUUUAUAGUUUCAAUUAUAUUAUAUAUCCUCAAGUAAUUUUAUCAUAACCAAUCACCCACAUGCACAUUGUUAUGUGCGAAAUUUGUAAAUAGCUAUAUGAUAAUGAUAUAUUUAGUUAUGAAAUACAAUAUGUUUAAACUCUAUCGGGAUUAUAACGUAAAAACCUUAUUCCUAGUUAGACAAUUAAUUUAGAAAGGACAUUUGGUGCUAACGAAUUAAAAAGUGAAUAUCAGUCCAAACUUAGAUUAUAUUUGCCAACUUGAGUCGAUGAACACUCGUGAAUGCAUGAUCAGCAAUAUAAUAAGUAUACUAUAAAAUGGAUUAUGUUUCUUUGGUUGGUAGUAUAUAGUGUCACAAUCUGCCUUUUCCCUUAAUCGUUAUUGUUUUAUUAUGUCACACAAUAACAACAAGUUUUGAUGGAUGCAUUGUCAGUCGUCCAAAUUAUUCACAAAUUAACGAGCAAUUGCAGUAUGAUCAUAACACCAAUGUAUUCAUUAUUGUAUAAUAUGUUUUUUUCUCUUUGCUAUGUUUUACGACAUUCAAAAUUAUGUAUGAAGCAUCUUACUAGUCGCGACUAACGGUGUAAGUUGACGAUAGCAAAAAAAUCUGAGUCAGUUUUGUUGAAUCAAAUAUCAGUUUGUUAAUUGUGAAUGUUGUAAAUUUUAUUGUAUAAAUUAUUAAUUAAUAAUGUCGGUCAGUCCUUGUAUAUUUUGAAAUAAGUAUAAGUGGGCUAUACUGGGGUGUAUGGAGACGUUUCGAUGCAGCGAACACAUUGCCACUUAUUUCGUGUACUUACUUACAUUCUGUGUUGACAUAUCACGUAAUUUUGUGGGGUUUUAAAGUUAGCUGUGUUUGUAAAUAAAGCCUUUGACGUAAUAGGUGUACAAUAGUAUGUGUUAAAAGUCGAUAUCGCUCCAGUCUCGCGCGCUGGGAACCUUCCCAGGCUGUGUUUAUAUAGCGUUGUAAUAAACGUAGUGCCUUAUUUAGUCAUUGCAAUAUUAUUAAUUAAUUUGCCCUAUUAAAUAUGUUAGUUCUUGUGUUUUUUUUAUUAUA